ACUCCGGUUAACGUAAAAAGACUGAUCAAUCAUCUUUUCUAGACCCAACAAUGUUCUCGCUCCGUACCCUUGUUGUUCUACUUCUCUUCACUUUGAUAGCUAUUGUUGGAUCCAUCAAUGGAGAACCGGGGUGUGAUUCAUCAUCAUCUCCCACCUGGGAAGACUUGCACGACGAACAAGCACGACAAAGUCUAGACAAUGCAGAUAAGUUUGGUAGGAUCACUCUUAAUUGUGAAACUACUGUUGGUGGAGGCAACGGUGGAAACAACGGUUUCGUGACGAUUAUAGACUUAGCCGUUGGUCUCUUCUUUCUUAUUCUUGUCGCCAUUGGAAUCUGGUUUUGCUGCGUCAGAAGACAAAAGGUUAUGAACGCAGCUAUUGUCCAAUCCUAUCCAGGACAAUUGGGAGCUAAAGAGAUGGGCUAUGGAAUGGACGGGAAGACGAAAACAGUUGCCAUGACCAUGAGUGCUCCAGCAGGAAAGCUUUCAAAUGGUGACACCAAUGUUUGAAACAAUAAUUGAUCAAACAAAAAUGUUUGAAACAAUAAUUAAAUUCUCUUGAUUUUUUUUUUCCUUGUCAAGAUUUUGUUUUUGCUAUAAGUGAUAUGAUGAUCUUUAAUCUCUGUUGUUGUCGUCGUUACAUUACACACAAUUUCAAAAGCUUGUAACUAAAUACUUUGAUAUCUUUAAAAUUUUACAUUUU